CACGUGAAACGAAUAUCUUCUCCGGGUAAUGGAACCGUUCCUUCUCUUGCUGUUGGCAGCCGCAUUUUUCGGAGCAGUUGCUCCGUCACCUGCCCGAAGGAUCGUCGGGGGCCAAUUUGCUGAGAAUGAGAAACAGUUUCCCUACCAGGCGGCGCUGUUCGAGCACGACGAGUUUAAGUGCGGAGGAUCCAUCAUCGCCGAAAAGUGGAUUCUCACGGCUACGCAUUGCAUUACCGAGCCCGAUGGAACAAACACGCCGACUGAUUCGCUGAAGGUUCUUGUUGGUUCCCACCAUCUCAAAAAGGGAGGCAAAAAGGUGAAAAUUGCGAAAAUUAUUCCUUACGUUGAUGAUGACUAUCCUAAGAUCAAAUACGAUAUCGGACUGAUCAAGUUGGAGGAGGCGCUCGUGCUUGAUACAGCAAUUCAAACGCUAGAGCUCUACCGCGGCGAGUUGCCAGUUAACGCAACGGUCACCAUUUCUGGUCAUGGAAAAACCGGAAGCGGCGAACCAAUCUCCGAGGUGCUCAAGCACAACACAAUGAUCGUGCUGAGCGAAGGUGACUGCUCCAAAGAAGUUGCCAAUUCUGGUUCGAAAAAAAUCUUCUGCGUGAACAAUGCCGUUGAUAAUGGCGUUUGCUCUGGAGAUUCCGGAAGUCCUGCGGUCUAUGAGGGAAAGCAACUUGGUGUUGCUAACUUUGUGAUGGGAAAGUGUGGAUCGGAGCGUCCAGAUGGAUAUGCUUUUGUGCCAUUCUUCGUUGACUGGAUUGAGAAAACGAUGGAAAAGGAGUGAAGCUGUGGGCACAGUAUAAAUU